CUUCACGCUUUUGCAGAGAGAGAGAGAGAGAGACAUAAUUUGAGAGAGAGAGAGAGAGGUGGGUUUUUGGAACUUGGGUUUUGUUCAUCUUUUUAGGUUGAAACUAAACUAGCCAUGCCAUGCUUGCUUUUUUAGAGAGAGCACUGUAACACUGUUCAUUAUUCUGAUAACUUGGAUCACGCAAAGCAAAUGCCGUAAUGAUAGUUUAGUCUCUGAAUGUAAAACUUAUCUUUUGUAUUGCAAAAAAAGUGCUUCUGCAAAAGACUGACUGUACUUGUCAAAAAGUUGUAGCUAAAAUAAUGCACUGUUUAUUCUGGGUUUUUGUUUUUUAGCUCAGAAAUGAAGUGGGAAAUAGGGGAAGAAGCAGAAGAAGAAGAAGAGAGAGAGAGAGAGAGAGAAGCAGAGGAAGUUUUGUGCUGAUGGGUCUGAAGGGGCAAGGCCACCACUUGCUGGUUGUGAAGUUGAAUGAACAAUUGAGCACAAAAAGGAAAUACUCAUUCAUCAACAGAGCUUGGCUGAUGCUUUGGAUGUUGUUUAUGGGCUUUGUUAGCUAUGUAAUCUAUGAGAAUAUGGAUGCUGAUAACAAGGAGAGAAGGAAGGAAGUGCUUGUGAGCAUGUGUGAUCAGCGAGCUAGAAUGUUACAAGAUCAAUUCAAUGUCAGCGUUAACCAUGUCCACGCGCUCGCAAUCCUUGUCUCAACUUUUCAUUAUUACAAGAACCCAUCAGUAAUUGAUCAGGAAACUUUUGCUGAGUACACGGCCCGGACGGCUUUUGAACGACCAUUGUUGAGUGGAGUGGCCUAUGCACAAAGAGUGGUUAAUUCUGAGAGGGAAGAAUUUGAGAGGCAACAUGGUUGGACUAUAAGGACAAUGGAGAAGCAGCCUUCGCCUAUCCGGGACGAGUAUGCUCCGGUGAUAUUCUCUCAAGAAACAGUUUCCUACAUUGAAUCACUGGAUAUGAUGUCAGGGGAGGAGGACCGUGAAAACAUUUUAAGGGCUAGGGCUACUGGGAAAGCAGUUCUUACAAGCCCCUUCAAGUUGUUGGGUUCUCAUCAUCUCGGCGUUGUGUUGACAUUCCCGGUUUACAAAUCCAAGCUCACUCCGAACCCAUCUGUUGAAGAUCGCAUUCAAGCAACUGCUGGAUAUCUUGGUGGGGCCUUUGAUGUUGAGUCACUUGUUGAGAAUUUACUUGGGCAACUUGCUGGAAAGCAGGCAAUUGUGGUCAAUGUGUUUGAUAUUACUAACUCUUCAGAUCCCUUAAUCAUGUAUGGACACCAAUAUCAAGAUGGUGAUGUAUCCCUCAAGCGUGUCAGCACACUUGAUUUUGGAGAUCCAUUCAGGAACCACCAAAUGGUGUGUAGGUACCUUGAGAAGGCACCCACAUCAUGGACAGCACUCACCACUGCGUUCUUAUUCUUUGUGAUUUUCUUUCUAGUCGGUUACAUGAUAUAUAGUGCAGCAAAACAUAUUGGCAAAGUCGAGGAUGAUUUUCAUGAAAUGCAGGAAUUGAAAGUCCGAGCAGAAGCUGCUGAUGUUGCAAAAUCCCAGUUUCUAGCCACUGUUUCGCAUGAAAUUAGGACACCCAUGAAUGGCGUCCUUGGUAUGAAUCUUGCCUUGUUCUAAGAUACGGAUUUGAGUUCAACCCAGAGGGACUAUGCUCAAACUGCUCAAGCUUGUGGAAAAGCAUUGAUAACUUUAAUAAAUGAAGUGCUUGACCGGGCAAAAAUUGAAGCCGGCAAGUUAGAGUUGGAAGCAGUGCCAUUUGACCUUCGCUCUGUACUUGAUGAUGUUCUCUCUUUGUUCUGUGAGAAAUCUAGGAACAAGGGCAUUGAGUUGGCGGUGUUCAUUUCUGAUAAAGUCCCUAAUAUUGUUAUGGGGGAUCCAGGAAGGUUCCGACAGGUUAUAACAAAUCUUGUGGGAAACUCUGUCAAAUUUACAGAGCAAGGACAUAUAUUUGUUCAAGUUCAUCUAGCUGAGCAUGCAAAGGUAGUAAUGGAUGCGAAAGCUGAAUCUUGUUUGAACAGUAGUGGCUGUCAGUCAAAAACGUUGAGUGGUUAUGAAGCUGCUGAUGACCGCAACAGUUGGGAUGUCUUUAGAUGUUUAAUUGCUGAUGAAGAAUUUCGGAUGCCCACCAAGGAGACUUCUCAGGCUGUCACUUUACUUGUAUGUGUGGAAGACACAGGGAUCGGCAUACCUUUAUGUGCCCAAGAGCAGGUUUUCACGCCCUUCAUGCAGGCUGACAGUUCAACGUCUAGGAAUUACGGCGGAACUGGUAUUGGGUUGAGUAUUAGUAAGUGUUUGGUUGAGCUGAUGGGUGGACAGAUAAAUUUUAUUAGCCGUCCUCAAGUUGGAAGCACAUUUUCAUUCACUGCAGUCUUUAGACGAUGCGAGAAAAAUUCUUUUGGUGAUCUGAAAAAAGCUCUCCCUGACGAUCUCCCUAGUGGAUUUAAAGGAUUGAAAGCAGUUGUAGUUGAUGAGAAACCAGUUAGAGCAGCUGUUACUAGAUAUCAUCUAAAGAGACUUGGUAUCCUGGUUGAAAUUGUAAGUAGCAUCAGGAUGGCUUCUGCCAUGUUUGGUAAAAAUGGUUCAUUGAGACCUAAAAAUGAAAGGCAACCAGAUAUGAUUCUAGUUGAGAAGGACUUAUGGAUGUCUGGUGAAGAUGGUAGCUUAAAUUUACAGUUAGUGGACUGGAAACAGAAUGGCCACACAACUAAGUUGCCUAAGAUAAUCCUACUUGCGACCAGUAUUACUGUCUCAGAGUUUGACAAAGCAAAACAAGCAGGUUUUGCAGAUACUUUGAUCAUGAAACCUUUGAGAGCGAGUAUGGUGGCAGCAUGCCUUCAACAGGUGAUGGGAAUGGGGAAGAAGACACAACAAGGCAAAGACAUUGUCAAUGGAUCUGCUUUCCUUCGGAGCUUGCUUUUUGGAAAGAAAAUUUUAGUGGUUGAUGACAACAGAGUGAACCGUAGAGUUGCUGAUGGUGCACUCAAGAAAUUUGGGGCUGAUGUGAAGUGUGCUGAGAGUGGAAAAGCUGCUCUUGCAUUGCUCGAGUUGCCACAUAAUUUUGAUGCUUGCUUCAUGGAUAUUCAGAUGCCUGAAAUGGAUGGUUUUGAGGCAACACGUCGUAUUCGGAAUAUGGAGAGCAAGGCUAAAGAGAAGCAGAUGAAUGAAGGAUCCACCAUUGAAGGAAGAAAGGCUGAGUGGCACUUGCCAAUAUUAGCCAUGACGGCAGAUGUGAUUCAGGCCACAUAUGACAAAUGCCUGAAAUGUGGGAUGGAUGGUUAUGUGUCAAAGCCUUUUAAAGAAGAGAAUCUCUAUCAGGCUGUCGCGAGGUUCUUUGAGUCCAAACCCAUCUCGUAACAAGAUUACCCAUUCCAAACUGAAUUCGGCAUUGUCGAAAAGAAGUUCCGGUGGGUCGAGCAUUACUAGCUAUUUUUCCAUAUUCAGCUGGUUCUUUCUGUUGAGUAGUAGUACACCACCAGAGGCAGUUGGUUUCUUUGAAUUUUGAAGUUUGUUGUGCAGAACAUGAAUGCAGACUUGGACAGUCAUUUCUAACUACAAGGAUUUAAUUAAUUUGAUUAGCAUAUCUCGAGUAAAUGUAUACUACUGUGAAUCCUACACCCCACUUGUAUGUAUAGAGAUCUUUAGAUGGGGAUGGGGAGCAAAAAUUGUAUAACCUUGAUAUAUACAUUCUUAAAGGGCGGACCUGAUGCAGCAGUCAAGCUGCUCCUUUGUGACCUGGUGGUGAAAAUAGCCUCUCAGCUUGCCGGGGUAAGUCAGCAUAUAUCAAUCAUUCUGCAGACCCCACAUAUAUUUGAGAGCAUCGUGCACUGGAUAUGAGCUUGAUGUAUAUUCGUGGUUAUGGUUUCCUUGACAA